AAUCAAUAAUCAGUGUGUUUAAAUUCUCAGGUGGGUUUUAGUGUUUAAGAAGGGGUACCAAUCGAGGGAGGAGACCGUCCAGAGCUCUGUCAUCACCAAGCUGAAAGGAGUAGUCAUGACCAACAACACAGAAACUGGACUUCGCCUGUGGGGGGCUGAGGAUUAUGUCAUACCUCCAACGGGUGAACAGGUUUUCUUCAUUGUUACAAAUUACAUCGAGACCCCGCAUCAGAGCCUUGGGUUCUGUGCUGAGAGCCCUAAGGUGCCAGAUGGCCAAUGUGUAAACAAUGAGGAUUGUGCUGAGGGUGAGGCGGUAGUUGCUGGCAAUGGGGUGAAGACCGGCCUGUGUUUAAACUCUACAGGGACCUGUGAGAUACAUGGCUGGUGUCCUGUUGAGACGGGACGUAAACCCUUGGAGGCUUUAUUAAGCAAGGCAGAAAUCUUCACAAUUUACAUCAAGAACUCUGUCAGGUUUCCGAAGUUUGAAUUCUCCAAGUCAAAUGUCCUGGACACCGGUAAUGACUCCUAUCUAAAGAGAUGUUCCUAUGACAACGACCUACAUCCCUACUGCCCCAUCUUCCGUCUGGGAGACCUAGUCAGCAGGACUGGACAUGAUUUUCAGGACAUGGCUGUAGUGGGUGGGUCAGUUGGAAUUCUGAUUGAGUGGAACUGUGAUUUGGAUAAGGACUACUCACAGUGUAACCCAGAGUACAGCUUUACUCGUUUGGAUAUGAACUUAAACAGCUCUGUCACAUCAGGCUACAACUUCAGAUAUGCCCAGUAUUACAAAGAUGAAGCUGGAGAGAGCUAUCGGACUUUGUAUAAAGUCUAUGGGAUUCGCUUUGAUAUCAUGGUGAAUGGACGGGCUGGAAAAUUCAAUAUCAUUCCCACAGUAAUAGCUAUUGGGUCUGGGCUCGCUAUUAUGGGCAUGGGAAAAUUUGCAUGUGAUAUGAUAUUUGUCUACAUGUUGAGCACGAGUUCCUUCUACCGAGACAGGAAAUUUGAGAUUCUCAAGAAAGAACGGAUCAAGAAGCACAAAGAGAUUGCGAAGACAUUGGUGAACCGAGACACAAGAAAACACAGAAAACAUGCUGGGGAACAACACGAGCUUACCACACUCUCUACGAAAAACGAGGAGAAACAGGACCCUAAAACCGGAGAGAAAAACGAGGUUCACAUUCUCUCUCCACGAACUGUGGGGCAACGGUUGUCCCAUUGAGGUCAGAAGACCUGUUUUUCAGGAGAGACCUGAAACAAAGAAGUUCUGCUAUUGUCAAGAUGUCUAGACUGGGUCCUGUAGCAGGUGGAAAGUAAAACGAGGGUGGGUGAGGUCCUGAUCCCGAUGCCCACCCUCCUUCUCCUCUUCCAGCAGAGGUUACUGAUGCUGAUACAUGGCUCUGGUUUUCCUAUGUCUCUCAGGAGUGAUGCAUGUCCAGAUUGGACAUGAUGACUGAUGGGCUGGAAAAUAGAAAUGACAUUGCUCUCCUCUCCUUACACUUUACUGCUGCAAUGACAAUGCAGACACUCCAAGAAGUGAGAUAUUUAUCAAAGAGAAAAAGCACUAUUCUAUUUCUGACGUCUUAUUUACUUGUUCCAAGAUCGAAUCAUAAUCCAUCUGUUGAAGGGUCAAUUAGGCCAUGCAAUCAAACCAUUGCAGUGCUCAACUACAUUAUUAUGCUAGCAGCGGUGUUCCUUCAAACCUUGACAAACCGCUUGUAGUAGAAUGAAAUCCUUGAGUCAUAUGAUGGAAUACCUCAUCGUGAGAGAACGGUUGCUUUUUAACACAAUUGAAAAAUACACUGGGUCUAAGGUUGUCUAUCAUAAAUACUUCUCAUUUGGGAUUGCUUGUAACUUCUGCCUUGUCCUGUUCAAUAUGUCUGUAUAUACAAAGUCAGAACUAGAGUAUGAGGCAAGUUGUUGAAUGUAUUUCCUUUAAAUGCAAAACAUUGUAUGAUAAUGCAUUUUUAGGGCUAAUGGCCAUUGUUAGAACAAUCAUAUCAGUUGUCUGCCAAAUCUUAUGAUCAAUAAAUUAUACAAA